AUGACUGCUCUACCUGCUGUUACUAUUAACAUAAAGGAAAGUCCUGAUGGUUCAGCAGAAAAGGUUUAUACUGUACCUCCUUAUGGAUCCACUGGCCAACAAGUUAAGCUGACUAGGGAAGAGAAUCCCCCUGAAUCCGGCUUCUUAAUGUUUAAGCAUACUUCGCCUAAUGGACAACCUUUUCAGGUUCAGGAGGUUAAGUUUGGAGCUACUCCAGUUCCAGAUAUUGGCGUAAAUUCAAAUGAUGAAAUUGAGCAUCUAGCAGUGUGGUACUGGAGAGAAACACUUGAAACUAUGACAAACCCUCUCCUAGUAGAGGUAAAAAGGUCGGAUGGAAACUUUAUUUACAACUAUAACAAAGGAGGUAUGGAAACAAGCUGGACUUCACUUCCUUUAAGACCAAAGCCUCUAACUAUUCAACUCACCGAUAAGACACUUGAGACUCAGCUUGAUGACCUUAACUGCUACCUCAACAAUGCAGUUACCUUGAAUUUAACCUUUCAGAAUUCUCAGACUCACAAUAAUAGAAAGAAGUACUGUUGCUAUUACCAUAAGAAUACUGGUGAGGGGAAAGUUUCUGUUACUCUUGUGACAGUUUCCUGUAAAGAAAAGGGUCAUAAAAGUGCCGACUGCUACAAACAUGUUAACACUGAUGGAUCGAGGGUAGCAGCUAUAAAGUAUGAUCCUACUGAUGGUACAACUAGGAAUAGAAUAAAUUUGAAUGGACACAAAUCUCCUCCAAGCGUAACUACCGUAUAUGCAUUCUACAAAAACCAUAAUCCAAAACUGAUAUACGUUGAUGGAGGUGCAGCCACAGGCUGGUAUAAGAAGCCUACCAGUAGUGAUAAAGAUGAACAAUGGCAAAAAGUCUCGACUAACCUCGACGGCAUAACCCCUGAUAAUUUAACUGAGAAUAUGGACUGCGAGAACUGGACAAAACUCAAAGAAGCACUAAAGGAGGCUAAAUGUGGAAGCUAUCCACAAUGUCCUACCACAGUGGCAGUAAAGUUUGAACCUAAAUCCUCAUCUCAAUCUCUUUCUGGAUCUCAAGGACAUGUUGGUAAUAGUGGAGCUAUUGGAGGAAAUUCCGCAGAAAACGUACUUAGAAGCAUAAUUGAAGGGUUAUUUUCUGGACUCGGUAAAGUUGCUAGUAAUAAACAACUACUAGAAAACUUGGUUGAUUUUGGAAAAUCAGGGUCUGAUUUCGUCAGCAAAACUGGUAUAGAUACUAUAGGGGCAGCUCUUGAAAUAACUGAAGAGGUUCUUAAAAAACCUGAUCCUCCUCAAUCUAAAGCUAGAGGUCCUGUUCCUGAAACUACUGAAGAAUCUCCUGUUCAAGAAGCUCUUGCUGCUGAUCGAGGCUCUUCUCCUGCUGCUACUCCUCGACCCCCUCAAGCUGUUAUUGGUCUUCCUGCUGGUGUUGGUAUGGGAGUAAUCGUUUCUUCUGUUUUUGGAGGAUCCGGCGCAGCUGGUUUCUUGGGAUAUAAGGAUGUGGGAAGAUACACGAUAACGGCUGAUUCCUACAUUUACGACAUAAACAAAAACUUUUGGUCUAAAUUGCACAUAGAAAAUGCUCCCUCACCUAGAGCUGCCCAUGCUGCGGCAUGUGUAGAAACCAUGCAGGUUGUUGUUUUUGGUGGUGCUACCGGAGGAGGGGCGUUAUCUUCGGAUGAUCUCUAUCUUUUGGAUCUUCGUCGUGAAAAACAACUGUCUUGGAUUAUUGUCCCGACAACUGGUCCUUCUCCUGGGCGUCGUUAUGGACAUACCAUGGUUUUUGCAAAACCAAAUUUGGUGGUUAUCGGAGGUAAUGAUGGCCAAAGGGCCACUAAUGAUGUGUGGUAUCUGAACGUGGAACAGUCGCCAUUUAGUUGGACGGAAGUUUCAUUCGCACCUUCAAUAACUUUACCUCCAAAGAGAGUCUAUCACUCAGCAGAGCUAUGUUGCUCUGGCAUAGCCUGUGGUAUGAUUGUAAUAUUUGGUGGGAGAAACAGUGAGAGUAAAUCCCUCAAUGAUACUUGGGGGCUAAGAAGACACAGAGAUGGAAGUUGGGACUGGAUUGAAGCUCCGGUUAAACUGGGUUCGCUUCCAGAAUCAAGAUAUCAACAUGCUUCUGCCUUUAUCGGUAACAAACUUGUUAUUAUUGGGGGUAGAAACGAUAGUGAUAUAAACAGGGGGUUGCCUGUAUCCAUUUACGAUACAGAAACUCUGGAAUGGUUCACUGCAUCUGCAGUCCACAGGUUUAGACACACAUGCUGGAACAAUAAUGGAAAUAUCUAUAUUUUUGGAGGGUUUUUGCAUCAAACACAAAAAAAUCCAACUUCGGAGCUUAAAAUGCUAGAUUGUGAUGCUAUUUUCAACGAACACCUAAAAAGUAAUUUAUCAGACCCAGCAAUAAGGGACGAGAUCAAGGUUCACCAAGUUGGCGUAUCUGCCGUAUCCAACCCUCAAAAUUAUAUAUUUGAAGCGUCUCCAGUAAGGUUGCAUGAAAGAGAAAUUCGUUUGUCUUCACAUGCUCAUGCGGUACAAGAAUCUGUAUCCGAUUUUUCAUUAUUUGUAAGAAAAAUUUCUAUUGAUAAACUAGAAGAUGAGGGCAAAAAAAUUAACAAACCUGAUGCUCGUGCAAAAUUAAGCAUGCAAAGUGAUAAUACAGACACACUUUAUGAUAGAAUAAUUAUGCAGUUGUUGAAUGUAAGGGGUGACUCACAAAUUUCUUACAAUCAGGAAUCAAUGUUUCCUAUCCCGUGGAAGGAUAUAAAUACAUUGUGUUCAAUGGUUUAUCAAAUUAUAAAACAGGAAGACACUGUACUCACACUUAGGGCUCCAAUAAAGAUAUAUGGAGAUAUCCAUGGGCAAUACAAUGAUUUGAUGCGUCUUUUCCGCUUAUAUAAGUGUCCUUUGGAUGAAUAUCUAGCGGAUUCAAUUGGUGCAGUAGGUGAUAUUGAUUCCAAUGAUUAUUUAUUCCUUGGAGAUUAUGUUGACCGUGGGUCUAAUAGUUUGGAGGUAAUUGUACUCCUUUUCGCAUUAAAAUGCAAAUAUCCCACACAAGUGCAUCUUAUACGUGGGAAUCAUGAAGAUCCCGCAAUAAACUCGGUCUAUGGAUUCCAAGAUGAAUGUAAAAGAAGAUUAAGGGAGGACCCUGCCAACUUAUACUCUUGCUGGCAAAAUAUAAAUAAAGUAUUUGAAAUGCUCCCGCUUGGAGCACUUAUUGAGGGUAAAAUUCUAUGCGUACAUGGAGGAAUCGGAAAGAGCAUACACAAGGUCGAAGAUAUAGAACGGAUAAAGAGGCCAGUAAACGUUGUCCCUAUACCCACCAAUGAAAGGGACCAAAUAAUACUCGAUUUGCUCUGGUCAGAUCCUACAGACAGUGACACGAUGCUUGGAACAGUGCCAAACGAGGUUAGGGAUCCUGAACGAGUUGGACACAUUGUCAAAUUCGGACCGGAUAGGGUCGAGCAGUUUCUCAUGCAAAAUAAUUUGCAACUUAUCAUAAGGGCUCACGAAUGUGUGAUGGAUGGUUUUGAGAGAUUUGCAGGAGGUCGCCUAAUCACCCUAUUUUCUGCUACCAAUUAUUGCAACCAUCACAAAAACGCUGGAGCGCUAUUGUUUAUAAGGAGGGAUUUGACCAUUGUACCAAAGUUAAUAUAUCCAUCGACUAACUUUGAAACAUGGGACAUGAGAAUGGCAGAGAUUAGACCACCUACACCGCCAAGGAAUAUGAACAUGCCGAGAGAUUUGAUCAUUGAUCCACCAUAA